UUAGGUGUAAACAAACAUAACCUAACUGAAUCAUGGAAGUGGAAGACAAACCGGAAGAAAUCACGGAAAUUAAGGCCCAAAAGGAUCUGGAGUGCUUCCUCGAUGGCUGGGAUAAUUCAGAGAAUAUCACAUUCUUCUCCAAGAUUCCCGAGAACUGCCUCAACAGCCCGUGUGUCCUUGGAAUUGAUGAAGCUGGCAGAGGUCCUGUACUUGGACCCCUAGUGUAUGGAAUAAGCUUCUGUGCGAUGACCAAUACGGAUGUACUGAAGGAUCUCGGCUGUGCAGACUCAAAACAGCUCACGGAAGAGAAGCGAGAGACCAUCUUCUAUGACAUUAACAACAAAAAGGAUGCCUUGGACAAUAUGGGAUGGGCUGUUGAGCUAAUCAGUCCCAACUACAUCAGCCAGUGCAUGCAGAGACGUGUUAAGCACUCAUUGAAUGAAGUCUCAAUGGAAUCUGCAAUUGGUUUGAUAAAACGCGCCAUGGAGCUGAAUGUUAACAUUGCGGAGAUUUAUGUGGACACCGUGGGUCCCCCGGAGACGUAUCAGGCGAAAUUGUCGCGCCUCUUUCCCGACAUUGCCAUCACGGUGGCCAAGAAGGCCGAUUCAACGUAUCCCAUCGUUUCAGCUGCUAGUAUUUGCGCCAAAGUUGUCCGGGAUGUUGCACUGAAGGCAUGGAAGUUCCCCGAAGGAGCCCCUGAGAAGCCUUUUGGCAGUGGCUAUCCGGGAGAUCCUCACACCAAGGCUUUUCUCGAAGACAACGUGGACAGGGUGUUUGGAUACCCACGUAUUGUUCGCUUCAGCUGGUCCACAGCUGAGGUGGCUCUUGAGAAGGCAGCGCAGAAGAUUACCUUUGAGGAUGCUGACGAUGAAUCGGGGAAGAAGUACUCAGGGCCACAGAUUACGAGUUUCUUCCGUUCCACGGAGAAGGCUCGCAACAGAUGUGCCUUCUUCCGGAAUCGCUGCCUCCAGAAUGUUCAGGAUUUCUAAUCAAACAUUUGUUGACUGAAAAAUAAAGAAUUUCCUUCAAAGGA